CUGCUCCGCGGCGGCCCUGCUGCAGCCAGCGGCUCCCGCCCGGGCAGCCUGACCGCGGGCUCGGCGACCCUGUCCUCCGGCCCGUCCGCGCCGGAGGGAGCAGCUCGGGACCCCCCAGCGCCGACAUGGGAAAGUCUUUCUCUCAUUUGCCUUUGCAUUCAACUAAAGAUGAUGCUUAUGGUGGAGUCGCAUCAACUGAAAACAUGAGGAAUGGACUGGUUAGUAAUGAAGUCCAUAAUGAAGAUGGAAGAAGUGGAGAUGUCUCUCAGUUUCCAUAUGUGGAGUUUACGGGAAGAGACAGCGUCACCUGCCCCACUUGUCAAGGAACAGGAAGAAUUCCUAGGGGGCAAGAAAACCAGCUGGUGGCAUUGAUCCCAUAUAGUGAUCAGAGAUUAAGGCCAAGAAGAACAAAACUGUAUGUGAUGGCUUCUGUGUUUGUCUGUCUGCUGAUUUCUGGAUUGGCUGUGUUUUUCCUUUUCCCUCGCUCUAUCGACGUGAAAUACAUUGGUGUCAAAUCAGCAUAUGUCGGUUAUGAUGAUGCAAAGCGUACAAUAUAUUUAAAUAUCACAAACACGCUAAAUAUAACAAACAAUAACUAUUAUGCUGUUGAAGUUGAAAACAUCACUGCACAAGUUCAGUUUUCAAAAACAGUUAUUGGAAAGUCACGCUUAAACAACAUAACAAACAUUGGUCCAUUGGAUAUGAGACAGAUUGAUUAUACAGUACCUACUAUCAUAGCAGAGGAAAUGAGUUAUAUGUAUGACUUCUGUACACUGCCAUCCAUCAAAGUGCAUAACAUUGUUCUCAUGAUGCAAGUCACUGUGACAACAACAUACUUCGGACACUCUGAACAGAUAUCCCAGGAGAGGUACCAGUACGUUGACUGUGGAAGGAACACGACUUAUCACCUGGGCCAGUCUGAGUACCUGAAUGUCCUUCAGCCACAACACUGAAAGCUGGACGAGAUGCAGCUAGAGAAGAAGAAACAGUAUUGAUUUUUUUUUUUUUUUUUUUUAAUCCUCACCUGAGGAUAUUUUUCUAUUGAUUUUUAGAGAGAGUCAGAGAGGGAGAGACACAGAGAAACAUUGAUGUUUAGAGAGACAUGGGGUCGGGGAUUUAGCCUGCAACUGAGGUAUGUGCCCUUGACCAACACACAGUCUACUGAGCUACACUGGCUAGGGCCCUAUUGUUAUUUUUUAAACUCUGAAGGAUGACGGACUUACUUUCUGAAAGGGGAUCUUACAUUGAACAACCUAAAUUUUAUACUACUCUCUAUUUACAGCACUCUAUACAGCUAAAAGUAUGUGGACUUGCAAGUCUCUGCAGCUCUCUACUCCCAAGUACAUGACAUUGGUACCAGGAACUUUACUUAAGUCUAAGAUUACUGAUUGGUUUUCUUCUCCCCGCUACCACCAUACCCCUUAACCCCCACUCCCCAAAGGUGGAAACUGAGACUUUCCCUACAGGAAAAUAAAUAUUUAAGGUUCACAAUUCCAAUCACUACUGAAAACAUAAGUUUGGUAAUGAAUAUAAUUCAAAAAAAUUUAUUUCUGAAAGAUUUUAUAGACUUAUUUACUGAUAGUUUAUGCAUUAUGAAAGACUUUUAAGGACCAACCGUUUUUCCUAUUUUAUAAUUCCCAUUGCUACAAGGAAGUAUUUCAUCUAUAUGGUAUAGUCAUUUAUCUUUUCACUAAACAUUUUUAGUUUUUCAUUUGUUGAAAUUCUACUCAUUUGCAUUUUUUGUCCAUUUUAUUUCAAGCCAGUGCUUGAAUAACACAAAUUAACCAAAAUAAUCUUUGCAAAAUUCUAUACCUAAAAUUUUUAAAAUCUCUAAAUGUUUCACUUGUCUUUUCAUUUUAGUUACAGUUUUGUGAAAUUUUGGUAUAAUCUUCAAAUAUAAUUAAUGUAUAAUAUUGUAAAUAAAUUGCAUGGCUUUUAUACAGCUUUAAUGUCAAGUGAUACAGAUUCAAAAGAAAGAUAUCCAUAAAAAUAAAAUAAGAAAUGAAAUUCAGAAACCUAUAGAAUGUUAAUUUAUUUCCAUUUACAUAUUAGAUCAGGCAUAAAGUAAAUUUUAAAUAAAAUAUUUUGAUGCUCCAUUUCUUUUUUAAUAUUGCUUUUCAUACUAAAAAUUGUGAAGAUACUUUUCAUAAUUACUAGGUACCCACAUUAUCAAUUUUAUGAAUGCUUUGAGAUAGAAAUUCUUUUGGUUGAAAUUAUCUAAGAAGUCCUGUCAAUGAGUGAAAGUGGCUAUAUCAAAAUAUAAUCAAUAUUAUGCUUUUAAAUAUUUAAUCACUUUGCACAUCAUAUGGAUAUCAUGCCUCUAGCAGUUACAUUUUUAAGGUUUUCUACUUGUGGUUUGAAUUUUAUUUAAAAUUGUUUUCAAGUGUAAAUUAUUGACUUAUUCACUUUGUUGUUUUAUACUUUCAAUACCACUUAUCAACUGGGCUUUUUGCCUUUUUACUUAUUAAGGUCUAAGUAAAUACAUACCACUAAGUGUAGGGGCUGACUACGCUAUUCAAAAAAAGAGGGAGGGGCGACUUGAUAUCUUUCUUUUGCCUCAUAACAAGAAUAAGGCUCCCCUCAUUAGACACCUCCCCCGAAGUGUCUCACUUAAGUCUGAAACAUUAUUAUUAAUCAGUUUGACUCAAUUCUGAAACAUGUAUUAAAUUAUUUAUAUUAAUAACUAAUUAUUGAAUUAUUAAUUACUAUGAAGCCCUCCUUUCUAACUAUUUGUCAUCCCUUAAUUUAUUGCUAACUUAAUCCAGUGUUACUGCUAAACUAAAAUCACCUCUUCAUAUUUAUUAUGGACUUCUGGUCAAACCCAAUCUUUUAAGUUUUUUCCUUAGUUUUUUACUACUCUGAUUCUUGAAAUCCCACACUUCUCUAGUACUGAUUCUAUUUGUAUUUUUCAAAUCAUUGUCAUCUCAUUUUCCCUCAUUCUCUUCUGACAUCUUUUCUUGAGUAUUAUCUAGACCCUCUUUGACCUCAUAAUUUCUACUCCCGUGACUUCAGCAAUGCAAUCAUCUAUAUCAGAUCUUCCAAAUCUGUUUCCACAUGCCUGACCGAUUACCCAUCCAGUUUCCCAUGUAGCUAGUAACCUAGAGAUACUAAUAUUUCAGUGACUGUGUAUAAAACUAAACAGUGUUUUACAAAAUCUUAUUUUUUGUUUUUUUUUCACCUUGUCCUGUUUCCUUCAAAAUCACAUUCAUUUCUUCACAAUCAUCCUUCAGAUAUGUCUUCUACAAAAAUCAAUCCUAAUUUAUUUUCUUGCUUUGUAUCUUACAACCUUGGAAAACUAUAUAGUAUAAAUUAAAUGGAUUUUUUUGUUGAUUUGUGCUUCUAAAAUUCUUUUGGAUUCAUAGAUCUAAACUUACAAUACCUACUUUCUGUGAGUUUAAGUCAGAAAAAAACCCACUAGAAUUUACAAUAAGUAUUUUUUUAAAAAAGGUAGUAGAGAAAUAAAGAUCACCUAUGACUACUUUCAGAGUGGGUUAAGUAACUACCAGAAUAAGCCUAAAACAGCAGGCUAUAAAUUAAUAACAUUAUAGAAGCACAUUUUGGUAAGGCCGAAUUAUAGCCUUUUUUUUUUUUUUUAAUCUGGGAAGAAUAAAUGAGGCUUAUCUUUUCUUAGGUCAUUGUCUGAGGUAAUUCUUUACAUGAUAAUAGGAUAGGUAUCUGCAUUUUUUUCAAAAUGCUCUCAAACCUUAUCCAAAAGACAUGGUAAAGAUACUACAUAUUUUUUUCUGAUAAUUCCAAGGAUAACUUUCUCUUAAAUUACACAUUUAAUAGCCUGGCCAUUCUAACAAGAUAUAAUACUAUAAAAAGCCCGUGUGUGUGGGUAUCACAUGUAUAUACCUUGUGUCCUUUUCAUAGCACUUUCAUAGGUUUUUCUUAGGUGAUUUACCGCAGCCCUGUGAGUUAGACAGAAGAGGGCAGGAUCCUCUUUUUUUGGAACAGGAAGGAGAGGCAUGGAGAAGUUGAGGGACGUGCUAAACUUGACACAUUUAGUAAAUACUUUGACUGGGCCAGACAUAGUUUUCUGUCUCCUAUAUCUGUGCUCUGUCAUUUAAAAUAUCCAUUGGAAAUGUCAUUGAUUCGGGUUAGUAUGAUCAAAAAUUAGAGGAACUGUUCACAUGCUUAAUAGUCACACUCAAAAUAAUAUUGAUGUACUGUGGUUUAGUACCUGGAAUAUUUUAAAUGGGAAAUUAACACCAGUAAAAUAUUUUGGACCAUAAUCUAUAGCUUAAUGGUUUUUGUAAAAUUUAGUACUUGAUCAUUCCAAUAAAGAUAUGACAUGUCAUCAGAGUAGACUAUUUAUAAGUAAUAGAGGUUUUUUGAGAUUUUAAAUAUGAACAGUAUGAAAACAUUAGAUACCAGACCAAUUACUUGAAAUUGCUAAAAUGGUUACUAUAUAAUAAAUAACAUGUAAAUGACUUUUUAUUUGUGUACAGUUUUUCUAUGCCUUUUUUUGUUCAGGACAAUGAGUUAAUUAUUUUUUCUAAAGAUUCAUGACAAAAUAAAAUACAAAAAAAGCAAAGAAAAUUCACUUCAGAUCUUUUGAAUUGUAGUUUGGAAAUGACAGAGUGCAGUGUUAGAAUGUAUAGGAAAUGACUGCCAAAGCAUGAUGAAAGUAACCUAGGACACUUCAAAUGUUAGUCUGAUGAGUCCUUUGUGCUUCUUAGCCCUAUUAUUGCAAUAUAAUUCUGGAUAUUUCAUUGGAGGGCAUGUCCCCAACUGUCUCCCAUGCUAUUUUUUGUUUUUGUUUUUUAAUUAGGGUUCUUAAUUCUUUAUGUAAUGAUUACAUAUUAUUUGAAAAUAUACUUUGUUAGAUACUUGACCCUUAAGUCACUGCUAGGUAUAGCUAAUAUUUAUUGUUACUUACUGUGUCACAUACUGUAUUAAUCUUUUGUGUGUAUUAUGUUACUCAGAAGAGCUCUUUAAGGUGGACACUGUUGUAACCGCCCAUUUUAUAUGAGAGAAAAUUGAGUUUUACGGAAGUUAAGAAAUAUAGUUAAGAUUUUAAGUGGCAGAUUCAAGAUUUACAAGCCUGUAACUCAAGCAUUAUUGCUCUUACAGUUAGCAUAUUUUCUUUCCAGUCUUUGAAAGUGAUUGCAAAAAUAUAUUGGUGGUUGUACUUACCAUAUAAAACUUUGAAGUGUUUGAUAGUACAGUUGAUCCUUGAACAAUGAAGGGAAAGUUGGGGAUGGAGAACUACCACACAGUUGAUAAUUGGCAUAUGCAAGUAAAUACAGUCAUCUGCAUAUGCUGAUUUUCUUUUUCUUUUUUCUUUUUUCUUUCUUUUUUCUUUUUUUUUUUUUAUUGUGGCAGCACCACUCAGCCAGAAGCCAGCACUAGGGAUGUCAAACUGACGGUUUAGGCCUGCUCCCUCCAGGCCUAAGCCAUCGGACAUUCCCAAGCGCUCCUCUACUGUGAGAGGGCGCAGGCUGAGGGCCACCCCACCCCAGGUGCACCAGUUUCGUGCACCGGGCCUCCAGUUUGGAUAUAAAUAGGCCUCCGCAGUCCAAACCUGUAUUGUUCAAGGGUCAACUGUUUUCAAAAGUAAUAUUAGGAGACUUUAUUAUUUUGUAGAUAUUUGGUAUAAAAAUGCUUAUCAUUGAUUUAUAAAUAUAUUUUUGUUAGGAUUUAUUUCUUUUAAAGGAUGAAAAAUUUUUAAUUUAAAAAUACGUAUCAACCUUCUUUGAUUAGCAUUAUAAAUUGACUUUCAAGCUAUUAAGUUGCAAGCCAAAGGUGGUUACAUUCGGUCAUAACAUCUUGAAAGCAGCAAAUACUUGACUCAUAUUCACAUAGAAAUAAUUGAUUUAUCUUGUAAAAAUAUUUGAAAUGAGAUGUUUAUCUUAAACUUUUAUUUUAAGAGGAAAAUGUGUUUGAGAAGAUAGGAUUAAAAUACUGUUAAACAUUAUUUCUUUAAAAAAUGUAUUUUUACAUGAAAACAAUAUAUUUACAAUGUUCUUGAAACAAAAAUUUCACUUCUAUAUCCCAGAUCGUCUUAUUUUCAAAAUAAACAUUUUCAUUUGUCAACUGAAAUUUCUAAUUAGAACUAAUAUUUGUGUAUUUUUGUGUUUAGUCAGAAUGUAAAUUUCACAGUGGAUUUUUUAAAUUAUCCUUUAUUUGGAAGAAAGCAAAUAAUAUGUUCAUAAAAGUUACUACUGGGGGGAAAUGGUAAUUUUAAUUUUUUAAAAACUAAUAAUAUAAUUGGUUAUGUUUGCAGUUCAUUUUACAUGUGUUUAGCACAGGCUGUAAGUUUACAAAUAUAGUAUGGUCUGUAUUGAUCCAAAAAAUAUUUCAUAAAUUCAUAUAACAAAUGUCAAGUUUUUCAUAGCUAAAUCUAAUUCUUCUAGAAGGAAAUUGUUGCCUUCUGUUUAAUUACAUUAAAUGAAAUGUGUUUAAAUGCGUUCGGCAUAUUUUGUAUACUAAAAAACAAAACACAAAAGGGAUUAGUAUUGAGCCAAUGGCCAAGAGGUAAUAUUACUACCAUGUAGACUGUUACAGUGUAAACUGUUUCACUUCCCCCAGAACUUUAGAAACUGGAAGUCUGGGAGCUGCAGCAUCAGCUGUAGUUGGGUGAUUCAUCUUAAAAUUACUGUGUGACAUGGAGCAUAUAUGCCAACUUGCAAAACAUGCAUAAGUUCAUUAUGUAAUGGUUUGUUUUAGGCAUGAGAUAUCAGCAAGCCACAUCUUGUGUGUUUUGUCUUACAUUUUUUUGUAGAACUAAAUUACAUGAGAUUUUUUAAAAUAAUUUGAAAUGCUUGCUGACUUGACCUCCUUAGUCAAAUAUUUGAAUGAUGGCAUUACUGGGUAGAUUCUAACCCAUGAUUCUAAUUAUGGAAUAAAGAGUAAUAUAGUUAUGAGACUGUGUAUAGGGUACUUUUUGUAUUAUACAUUAGCCCCCAUUAUACACUUACUUAAAUUUCAAGUCCAGCAGUUAACUAUUGUUGCUGUUCAUGUAACAAAACAUGCUUAUGAUAGUAAAAUGUGAAGUGCCCCCCAAAUACUAUUAUUUUUAACUCACUUGUAACUGUUAACUCUUGUAACUGUUAUAAUAAAAUUUGUAACAAUUUUAGCAUGAAAAAAUAAAAGUUGUAUUAGUCAAGUA